CAAUCACUCUGGAACUGCUCUCUGUGUUAAAUAAAGUGAAGUAAGCAGGUGUACGUAUUUGAUAAAGUCAAUUUAUUCCAAUAGGUUAUGGGCCCAGUUUGGCAUCACAAAAUUAUCAUCUUUGUACGUCACCAACCUGGUAUAGUUUUAUGUUAGUUGUUCGCAUAUUUGACAGUCCAUAAACAAUUCUUUUUGGUCCUAGCCUAGUGCUGGUUGGUUAUGGUUUAUUGCUGUGUCUGUUUUUCUGUAUGCUAAAAACUAAUCAUGUCUACCAAUACUUUUUCAACAAGAGAUGCCAGUCACGUUACUAAGUUUAACGGCAACAACUUUCCUUUUUGGAAAUUUCAAGUACUACUAGUCUUAAGACAGUAUGAUUUAGUGGAUGUUGUGUUGGGAACGCAAGUCAAGCCCACACCAACAAUGUCAGCAGCAAGUCCACCUACAGUUACUAACAAUGCAGAAAUUACCUUGUGGAUGAAGAAAGACAACUCUGCGAGCUGUUGCAUUGUAGCUACCAUUGAAGAAAACUUUCAACGAUCACUCAUUAAUUGCAAGUCUUCUAAGGAGAUGUGGGAUCGCCUAGCAGCACAGUACGAGCAAGCAGCUUCAGAAAAUAAGUAUUUCUUACAGCAACGUUUCUACAAUUAUUCCUUUCAACAAGGCCAUGAUGUGAUGUCACAUAUAACUGAAAUUGAAACUCUGGCUAACCAGCUAGGUGAUCUAGGUGAAAUUCAGUCAGAGAAUCAGAUCAUCACCAAAGUGCUGUGCACUCUACCACCAAGCUUCAGAUCAGUCGUUUCGGCAUGGGAAAAUGUUGACGAGGCGAAGAAGAAACUCCCACUUCUUACCACUAGGCUUCUGAAAGAAGAAAGUCUGAACAAGAUGCACGAGAGUGAGGAGUCUGCAGAGGAUAAAGCAUUCUUUUCAAGAAGAUCUAAUCAAGUUAGACCCAAAGAUGCACAAUCAAGCAAGAAGAUUGACCAAAGAAUCUGCUACUUUUGUGAUCCAAAUGGAAAAACUGGCCAUAUUGAAGAACGCUGUUGGGUCAAACAUGGUAGGCCUACUCGCUCACUCCAGAAUGCAGAUGCAGCUUUGAGUCAACAGCAUACUGAGUGGCCAUUAAAUUACGGUUUCUCUUCACAUAUAACGUCAUAUCUUACAAGUACUUGCAGAGAUCCGAAAAGCUGGUUUGCCGACUCAGGGGCUUCCCAACACAUGUCAGAUCAACGAUGGAUGUUUUCAACUUUCGACACCGUUGUCAAUGGAAGUUAUCCUGUGAAGGGGAUUGGAUCUGACAACAGUCCACUCCAGGCAACAGGAAGAGGAAAUAUCUGUAUCAAGUCCAAAGUUAAUGGCGAAUGGAAAAACAACACCAUACACGAUGUCUUAUUUGUUCCAAAGCUUGGAGCAAAUUUAUUCUCUAUUCGGGCAGCAGCAAGAAGAGGAGCCAAGAUCUUAUUCGACGACGAAGGAGUCAGCAUCACUCAUCACUCAUCUGUUGUGGCGACAGGCACAAGUAAAGGGACAAAUCUCUAUCUUCUUGAUUUUGAACCUGUCAACCGUGGUGAACCUUUUGAUCAACCACCAUUCUCCACGUCUCUUCUUUCAAAAACAACAGCUGCACCAAUAAUCACUUGGCAUCAUCGUCUUGAAAUGUUAGAAGAGCGUGGCAGAAAUGUUAUUUUUAACGAGGUCAUUCCAGUUUCUCCCAACUCUACAGAUGAUGGAAGCCAAAAUGGAGAUGGGAUUGAUUUGUGUUCGUCUGUUGAAGAUUAUCCUACUGAAGACUCUUCCCAUAUUCCAUGCAUUGAUCAAGAUUCAGUCACUAUUGGAGCUUAUUUGUGUUCGUCUGUUGAAGUAACGCCGCACAUUCCGGAUGACUUGCCAUUAUCAACUGUUCCAAAAACUGCAUCGAUUCUUGGACCACGUUCAAGACGGCCUCCUGUGCGAUCGGCCGACGAGUCUUUAACAGGAAUCUAUGUGGGAUUAGCAGCAGUGUGUUUGUUGUUGUUGUCCUGUGUUUACUUCCAAAAGGACGAGAAUCACACUACCAUACUGCUUUGCAGCAGUCAUCAAACAAAAUUGGACGAAAUAGUGAAAUAUUUGUCAGAUCAGUUUGAGAUCACUUCUGGACCUGUCGACUAUUUUAUUGGCCUAGAAAUUUCCCGGGAUCGACAUAAGAAGCUAAUUCACGUGUCUCAACAGUCCUACGUGAAGAAAAUUCUCGCCAGACUGGGAGUAGAAGAUUAUCCUUACCAAGAGGCUGUUGGAUCCUUAAUGUUUGCUGCAAUUUGUUCUCGGCCUGAUAUAUCCUAUGCAGUUGGACAGGUAGCCAAAUUUUCCAGCAAGCCAACUAGAACUCAUUGGAAUGCUGUUAAGCGCAUUUUCGCGUACCUGAAACACACAUCUUCCGUCGGAAUUCCUUAUUAUGAAGAAGGCGAAAAUCAUUUAUUGAAAGCCUUUUCAGAUGCCGAUUGGGGUGGUGAUACAGAUGAUGGCACUUCAACAACUGGGAAUAUCUUCAUCCUUAAAGGUGGUCCCGUGGCAUGGAGUAGUCAAAACCAAAAAUGUGUCUCCCUAUCCACCGCUGAGUCGGAGUAUGUUGCAGCCUGCAUAACCACUAAAGAAGUUGUUGAGAACCAGUUGGCAGACGCCCUAACGAAGAACGUCGAUUACCAGAAAUUGUCAAAAUUCAAACUUAGUAUUGGGAUGUGAUCUUUGUCUAAUUUCAUGUUUGAGUGGGUGCAUGCUAUUUAUUUGUGUUUGAGAUUGAGUGGGUGUGUUGGAGAAGAUACAAUCUCGAACAGUCGGAAGAGGCUUCACACCUCGCACAUUGACAUGUACCCCGUGUUAUCUUGUUAUGUCUAUAAGAAACCUGUCAAUCACUCUGGAACUGCUCUCUGUGUUAAAUA